AUGUAUUGGCAUCUAUGUAAAGCCUUCGUACCACUGGAGACACAGAUUCGGGAGUUUGAACGUGAAGUGGAAUUUGUGGAGACGCGCCAAUAUGAGAAUCCGCUACAGGUAUACCGCAAUCACGAUGUGCUUAAUCUUAUAUGUCAAGCUGCCGGGGGAGUAUAUUACCGUGAUACGCUUCAUAUGCACCCGCAUUGGCGAGACUACUCGUCUGAACAAAUGCGUGACGUAUUCCAAAUGAACAUUGACAAGGCGGAAGAAUAUCGUAAGGGAAGUAUGUCGCGACCAGAACAGAUUCAGGGCGGUUCGCGUUCACGCUCACACUUACGUGCUGAGGCGAAUAAACGAGCUAGUCCGAACAGCAUCGAACCCUCAUGUUCGCUGUCGGUCGUGUGGCACAAUCUCCCUCCGGGACCAGAACAUGCGUACCGCUGUCUUAAACAACAGCGACCAUCAGUCCAAACUAGCACGGGUACUCGCACACAAGCUAGUGGUACCUCUAUGCUACGUAUAUCGACCACAGGUGCAUCGACACGCGCACUACAAGGGUCAGGUAAUAGCUUCCGCCCGCGUGUCAACAUGGUAGACGGUGAUCAGAUGCCUGAUCGACCAACAGCAGAGACGGGAGAAAAUGAGGUAAUGUAUAUUCAUGACUUGGUCGACAAGUCAUACAUACAAAGUAGAGAUAAAUUGAUGGACGACGACCAAGCCCCAGUAGGUUGGAAAGACGAGACGAGGUCAAAUUGA